UUAUCAUGUUUCAUUUGUGUGUUUGAAGGAAGAUGGCUAGUGGCAGCUUGAAAAGCCUUGUAACUUCAGCAGUCACUAUUGGUGUGACCGAAGCUAGAGCAAGGAUUUUCGGACACAUGCUUAACCCAACGGGACAGAGUCUUAAGGAGAAGCUUUUUGGUGAUAAGGUUGCUGAAUGGUAUCCCUACGACAUCAAGAAUGAGGAUCCCAAUGUCUUGGCUAGAGAAGAAAAAGAGCGCUUAUCGAAGCUUGAGAUGUUGAAGCGUCGUGACAAAGGACCACCAAAGAAGGGUCAUGGAAGACGUGCUGCAAAGCGUAACAAGUAGAGAAUGUUAUCUUCCAACAAAAGAGAUCUGUACUCUCAUAAUCAGCUUCUUCUGGUUAAUGUCAGAUAGAACUUAGUAGUUAGAUUCUUUUUAUUUUGUGUUUUACUCUGCUUCUUUAAUCUUUACUCUCUAGUAUGCAACAACCUUAUAUACUCGUGUUGUGUAAUAAUCAUGGAUUCAAAUCCCAAACUAUGCGUAUGGAAUUUUGAUCAUAAUCUUCACUUAUUCUGA